GACGCCCGGUACAGAAUUAACGUUGCACCUCGGAGCUUCCACUGAAACAAGCGAACUCAUUCAGGCUUUCUGUUUGAAGGCUGAUCGUUUAAAGAUAAAAGAUGUUUUUGACCAGAUCGGAAUAUGACAGAGGUGUAAACACAUUCUCACCAGAAGGAAGAUUGUUUCAGGUUGAAUAUGCCAUAGAGGCAAUAAAACUUGGCUCCACCGCCAUCGGCAUUCAGACAUCAGAGGGAGUGUGUCUGGCUGUGGAGAAGAGGAUCACCUCUCCACUCAUGGAGCCCAACAGCAUUGAGAAGAUCGUUGAGAUUGAUAGUCACAUUGGUUGUGCCAUGAGUGGUCUAAUAGCUGAUGCUAAGACUCUGAUUGACAAAGCAAGAGUGGAAACACAGAACCACUGGUUCACCUACAAUGAGACGAUGACGGUGGAAAGCGUGACUCAGGCUGUGUCCAACCUGGCGCUGCAGUUCGGAGAGGAGGACGCCGACCCUGGGGCCAUGAGCCGACCCUUUGGUGUUGCAUUAUUGUUCGGGGGAGUGGAUGAAAAAGGACCCCAGCUGUACCACAUGGACCCUUCAGGAACCUUUGUGCAGUGUGACGCCCGGGCUAUCGGUUCUGCAUCAGAGGGAGCACAAAGCUCUCUGCAAGAGGUUUACCACAAGUCCAUGACAUUAAAAGACGCCAUCAAGUCCUCUCUGACCAUCCUGAAGCAGGUGAUGGAGGAGAAGCUCAACGCCACCAAUAUUGAGCUGGCGACAGUAGAGCCCGGUAAGACCUUCCACAUGUACACCAAAGAGGAGCUGGAGGAAGUAAUCAAGGACAUCUAGAGUAGAGAACUCUUGGUGGGAGUUCUGGGCUGAAAAGAAGGGGACACAUUGGUGUCACUACGUAUCCACAGCUUUCCAACCACCUGCAACAUUCAGAGUUUCUUUUAGGAGGUUUCUAUUUGUAAUGUGCUAAAUUGCCUCUUGUGUAAACAGUGUGUGAUCACCUCUUUCCAGGAGAGUGACCAGCACUUACUGCUGAAUGAGGGGAGGGAUAAACAUGGGGUCGGGAGGGAUAUCUUUUGUUACGGAUCAAUACUAUAAUUAAAAACUGUUGUAUUCAGAAAG